AUGGCGUAUGACCUGGCGAUGCUAGGCCUGACCGCAGUCGGCAUCGUCCCCGGGGCCAUACUGGCCACACUCGCUGUUGCGGGGGUAUGCAUCAGGGAGAGCCGCGACCUCGAAGCUAACAACGAAGCGACGCAAGAAACUGCCCAAGAGAUACAACGGCAAGGUAAUCAGCAAUUUUCGAUGGCGAUGCAGGAUGGUCCGGUGGACCGACAGAAUUGA